AAGGACGUGAAAUAGUAUUCACUGGCAUACGCUUUUGUGACGAAGCGCGGUGUACUGUCACGUAAGUCACGGAAUGUCAUGUCACGACAGGGUGUUGCCAGAGUGGGCGGCAGAGACGCUACACCUUACCCCACGAUCUUACGGUAGGUAGUCCAUGUAAACUCCUGCAGUUUCGCAUUCUCUGACAUUACAAACGUACUUUGAUUCCCUCCUGAAUAGAUAUGCCACCACCGCAUUACGAUUUCCUGAUCAAGCUUCUUCUCAUUGGAGACUCAGGUGUUGGGAAAUCAUGUCUAUUGCUGCGGUUCUGUGACGACGCAUGGACCCCGUCUUUCAUUACCACCAUCGGAAUCGACUUUAAGAUUAGAACAAUCGAGCUAGAUGGAAAGCGAAUCAAGCUACAAAUAUGGGACACUGCUGGGCAGGAACGGUUCCGGACAAUUACGACCGCAUAUUAUCGUGGAGCGAUGGGUAUCCUCCUUGUAUACGACGUUACGGAUGAACGAUCCUUUAACAAUAUCCGCACAUGGCACGCAAAUAUCGAACAGCAUGCUUCCGAGGGUGUGAACAAGAUUCUCAUCGGCAACAAGUCAGAUUGGACGGACAAGCGAGCUGUGACUGAGGAGCAAGGACGAGAGUUGGCAAAUGAGCUCGGCAUCAAAUUCAUGGAGACAUCGGCGAAGAUUAACGAGGGUGUAGAAGAAGCCUUCUUUACGCUUGCUCGUGAUAUCAAGACUCGGCUGAUAGACACCCAAGAAGCCGCAGGUUCCGCGGCUGGUGGUGCUGCCUCCGAGCCUAUCAAGGUGAACCAACCUGCUACUACCACUUCUGGGGGGUGCUGUUGAGGGGAGUGCGGAAUUCAUUCUACAUACUGUCUACCAUAUGUUUCUUCCUUAACCUGUACAUGUUCUGUUUUCUCUCGCUUGUCGGUCGGUUCUUGUUCAUUAUCUAUCACCCAAGCACAAUAUGGACUUUUAUUGGCGUCUAUCCUUGCAGCGAAUCCUUAGUCACAUGAAUAACUCGCGGCGUGUAGUAGAUAUUAUGUUCCUACAUUACAAGUUGAUGACAGGCAGUGGAGAUUAGACCGCAGUUUGCGGAAGCAAUUCCCUGAAUCCGCCAGGACCCAUAUUUACCCCACACCAGC